AUGAAAACACGUAUUAGAGGCUAUGAUAAAUACCGCAAAAAAGAUGAUUUAUGUGAAGAAGAUGGUAUGGAGACUGAAAAUGAAAAACAAUUAACGGGAAGCAUUAAAGAAUUUAUUACUGAAAUACCAUCAUUAAACAUUGAUAGUGGCAGAAAGAAUUGUGAAGAACAAUUAAACAAUUGGCUUCAAACGACGAUCGAUAAAAUUCAACAAAAAUAUAAAGAAUUUCAAGUGGAACUUGAUCAACUUCAUAGUUAUAUUGAAACGAAUCAAGAUCAAUGGAAAUCAUCUUUGAAAGAUCGAAUGGAAACAAAGGUUCGUUCGAUAUUAAUGACACAAUUGAAAUUACGUGAAAUUGAUGGAUCAGAAUUGGCUAAAGCUCGAGAUGAACUAUUACGUGCACAAAAACUCUAUAAUUCACUCAAUAGUCAAACAAUGAUUACAGUAUCUAAUGCUAAAAAUAACGAAAUUGAUUUAUUAAGCCCUAGAUUAUCUUUUUCAAACGUUAUAGUCGAUAGUUUCACUUCGAUUGAUAAAAUUAUACCAAAAACAAAUGCUGAAAUUAUAGAACAAUUAAAUCAACAGACAAUUGAUUUAAUGAAUAAUGAAACAGAUAUAUUAGAUAAUACAAAUCAAUCUAUGAAUAAUAAUACUGAACAGGCUGAUUUUUCGUCAAUUGAAUCAAUAAUUAAUAAUACAAACAAUUCUGAUAAUCUUUCAACAAAUAUCGAAAUUAGAGAGUCAGAUUUAAUAUCAUGGUUUUUUCAAGAUCAUCAAAGUGAUCUUGAACAAAUUAUUACAAAUCCUGAAAAUCGUAUGGAGUUAAAUUUAACUUCGAAAAAUCUAAGUUGUUCAGAUAUGAAGAUUGUUAGUCAUUAUGCUUUACAAAAUAACAAAACACUUAUACAACUUGAUCUUUCUCGAAAUCAGAUUAAAGAUAUAGGUGCAUGUCAUUUAAGUAUUGGAUUACAAUUAAAUCAAACACUCACUAUUCUUGAUCUUUCUCACAAUCAAAUUGGAGAUACAGGAAUAUCAGAACUAAGUGUUGGAUUAAAAUCAAACAAAAUACUCACAACACUUGAUCUCUCUGAUAAUCAAAUCAAAAAUGAAGGAGCACGAUUUCUAAGUGCUAUAUUAAAAUUAAAUACGGCACUAACGACACUAAAUUUGUCAGAAAACGAUAUUAAAAAUAAAGGAGCCACUUGUUUAAGUACUGCGUUACAAUUAAAUCAAACACUUUUAUCACUUAAUCUUUCUAAUAAUCGAAUUGGAGAUCAAGGUGGACGACGUUUAUGCAAUGUAUUAAAAUCAAAUCAAACAUUGACAAAACUUGAUCUGACUUCAAAUAUUAUCAAAAAUGAAAUUUUAUGUGACAUAUCAUCUGCAUUGACAUCGAAUAUGAUAAGAAAAAUAAAUAAUGAAAAUAUGUAA